CUCGCAGGACCGUCCGGAGCCGUUCGGCGGGUGGGCGAUGAGCUGCAGCUCCGAGGCCGAUCCCGCGCCCGCGGUCCCCGCCGCCCCCGCGCCGCCUGGCCCCGCGCCCGCGCCCACCGCCGACAACAAACCCAGCCCGGCCGCCGGCGGAAGUGGCGUCCCCGGGGCGCCUCCGAGCGCGGCGGGCGGCGCUGCGCGGGGAGCCGAGGGCGGAGCGGCCGCCGGGAGGGGACCCGCGCCCGUCUCGGCCGCGGCGCCGCCCGAAGGAGCGAUGUCGAACGGCGUGUACGUGCCGCCCGGAGCCGCCAACGGAGAGGUGAAGCCGGUGGUGUCCGGCACGCCGCUCGUGGACUUCCUGCUGCAGCUGGAGGAUUACACGCCCACGAUCCCGGACGCCGUCACCGGGUAUUACCUGAACAGAGCGGGAUUCGAGGCCUCCGACCCGCGCAUCAUCCGCCUGAUCUCGUUGGCCGCGCAGAAAUUCAUCUCUGAUAUCGCCAACGAUGCGCUGCAGCAUUGCAAGAUGAAGGGAACGGCCUCGGGGAGCUCCCGCAAUAAGAGCAAGGAUAAGAAGUACACGCUGACCAUGGAGGACCUGACGCCCGCCCUUGCAGAGUACGGCAUCAACGUGAAAAAGCCGCACUACUUUACGUGAAGACAGGGGUUGUUGCUGGGAACUUUUUUAGGGUUUGCUUCUGCACCAUUAAACCACUGGGUAGUUUUGGGUUUUUUUUGUGAAAAGACCCCCUGUUUCCUGCUCACAUGCCUGCUGUUAGUGAAGCAGCAUCAUUUGGCCCCCGGAGUUCUGCUCUCCCAGCACCACCAGAAGGCGAUGGCUGCUGGCUGUGCAGCAGGGGAACUGCAGCCACGUCUCUCCUGGAGGGCUCAGCCUGCCCUGAGCUGCUGCAGGGAUGCAGGCACCAUGCAAAUAGAAGUGCCCAACCUUCCUCUUUGCUUUUUUCUCCAUA